AUGUCUUCCGAUGAGCAAGAUGCUUUGGAUGCCCUGGAAAGGGAAGCGUCCGACUUUGUCAAGACGCGUGAGCUUAGCACUGUUUAUCUGUCCGUGCCGUUUUUUAGACUAAUUGUGAAUGUUUGGAACAGAUAUGCCGUUCUCGACCUCCAGCCCGGAGUUACUGAAUCCGAUAUCAAAGUACAAUAUCGCAAAAAGUCUCUACUCAUCCAUCCUGAUAAGACAAAGAACCCAGCUGCUCCAGACGCGUUCGAUCGUCUUAAAAAGGCCCAUUCUACACUAAUGGAGGAGAAGUCGCGCACGUACCUCGAUGAAUGUAUCGCAGAUGCGCGACGGUUGUUAAUUCGUGAACAUAAGUACACAUUGGAUUCGCCUGAAUUAAAGACAGAAGAAUUCAAGAAGGAAUGGCGUCAGAAGACAGUGCAUGUGUUGCUAGAUGAAGAGGCGCGUCGGCGAAGACAAGCCAAGGCUAAGUUACAGGAGGAAGGUCGUGAAAGGCGUAAAGAAGAGGAGGAAAUUGAAGAAAGAAAACGAAAGCGUGAUCAGGAUAAGGCAUGGGAGGACAGUCGCGAUGAGCGUAUCAGCAGCUGGCGAGAUUGGCAGAAAGGGAAGAAGAGUGAAGGAGACAAGAAGAAGAAGAAGAAAAUGAAAGUCCUUGGCUGA